CGUGUUUCUCCCAACAGGACAUCCCUCUGUGUCCCCUCUCGACAGCAUCAUGGCCCCCGCUGCAGACACCCAGCUGGGCUACAAGCCCCUGGACGGAGGCUGGGGCUGGAUGGUGGUGGUCGGCGCCCACAUUUCCAUCGGCUUCGCGUACUCCAUGCCCAAAGUCCUCUCCGUGUUCUUCAUCGACAUCCAGCAGCAGCUGGGGGCGAGCUCCAGCGAGGUGGCCUGGAUCUCCUCCAUCAUGCUGGCCGUCAUGUACGCAGGAGGACCGGUGAGCAGCAUGUUGGUGAAUCGCUUCGGGAGCCGGCCAGUCGUCAUACUGGGCGGACUGGUGUGUGGAGUCGCGAUGGUAUCCGCUUCCUUUGGGAACUCCAUCUUUUACCUCUACUUCUUCAUCGGGGUCAUAGGAGGCUGUGGACUCUCCUUGAACCUCAACGCAUCGCUCACCAUCAUCAGCAAGUAUUUCCUGAACAAGCGCCCACUAGCUAACGGACUCGCCAUGGCCGGGAGCCCGGUGUUCCUGUGCGUGCUGGCCCCCGCCAACCAAUAUUUACUGGACAGGUUCGGCUGGAGGGGAAGCCUCGUCAUCCUUGGGGGUCUGAUGCUCAACUGUUGCGUCGCGGGCGCCUUGAUGAGGCCCGUGGUUCUGCCCCGCGGGCCAGAGAAAGGGGAGGAGCUUCCAAAUCUGUGCACGAAACCCAAGACGAGCUGCACGAACAACGCCAAGAAGUUCCUGGAUUUGACCUUCUUCAAGGACCGAGGCUUCGUCAUCUACCUCAUCGGGAACGUUAUUUUCAUCUUCGGCGCCUACGCGCCCAUCAUGUUCCUGUCGGCCUACGCCAUCAAGCAAGGCGUGGACCAGUACUCCGCGGCCUACCUGCUCUCCAUCAUGAGCUUCGCCGACAUGUUCGUCCGGCCCGGCACCGGCCUCCUAGCCGGCAGCAAGUGGAUCCGGCCCAGGAUCCAGUACUUCUUCGGCUUCGCCAUGGUUUUCAACGGAACGUGCCACUUGCUGUGCCCGCUGGUCAAGAGCUACGCCUACCUGGUGGCAUACGCCGUGUUCCUAGGCGUGGGCUUCGGCAUGGUUUUCGCCCUGAUAUUCGAAUGUCUGAUGGACCUGAUGGGAAACGAACGCUUCCCCAGCGCCGUGGGUCUGGUCACCAUCAUCGAGUGCUUCCCCAUACUGGUGGGGCCACCGACUGCAGGCUUCCUGGUGGACCUCUACGGCGACUACAAGUACCUGUACUUCAUGUGCGGCGGCGUGCUCGUGACCGCGGGGCUCUUCAUCCUCGUCAUGAACGUCUACAACUACCGAAUGCUGGAGAAGGAGAAGGAGCGGGAGACGGAGAAGUCGACGGCGGUCCGGGAGCAGAGCCCAACCCAACCGGCCGCGGAGGACCAGGAAAAGGUGAGCGCCCCCGAGGCCUCGAAAGAAUAACGGAGAGACCCGCGGCCUGGAGAAAGAACAUUUAACGGCGUGGAGCGCCCUUUCUUUAAAGGAGCGCCCACUCAAAGCUGAAACUAGGGGAAAAGAUGUCAACCGUAUGGAAGAUAUGACUCCGACGAGGCGCUCCUGUUGCGUUUCAUGCAUUCAUUCGAGGGGGCUGUUAUUGCGCAACUAUUCUUAGUCACAUGCUCGUUCUGUGACAGGAUGUUUUGCAGUUAUGGUGCACGUCUCUCUCUCUCUCUCUCUCUCUCUCUCUCUCACGUGAUCAUGAACAAACACUUUGUUCUCACAUUUCUGAUCUGUAAUCGCAUCUAAUUCAUCCCGGUUUUUUUAAUAUGCACAUAGCCUCAGGAGACUGUCGCGAGAUGUUUUUGUUUCUGGCAAUUUGGUUUUGCACAUGAAAUACUGGAAAGACACGGACGUAUUUAAAGUGCGACUGUACGCUUUUACUGGUGCACCACUUGUGACAAAGCGUUGCGUGCCAUAAAACUUCAAUUGUAGAGACACCGGGUGACUUUUUACAUCAUGUGGUUAGACGACACGGUUAAAUCCUUCGGUAUAUUUUACGGAAACCACCAGCAUCAAAGUAUUAUUCAUUCAGAUUUACCGUCAUGGUGAAUGGGGGUAGACCCAAUGUCAUUUAUUUGUAUUUAUCUGUGUGUGUGUUGAAACGAGAGGUAACUCCCUUUUGUACGCCAAACCAAGACCGCUUUGUAGCUCCUCCCCUUCCCGCCCCGUGUUGUUUUCUUUAAAUUGCCGGCUACAGAAUUAAAGCGUCCCCUUUCUACGUGGAGCUUUACCCCCUUUUUCGUUUCCAAUAAGCAGAGAUGGGCUCGUCAGGUGGAUUCUAAGAUGAUGAAGUGUUUUAAAACUAGAUUAAGUGAAUGAUUCCAUUUGAAAUACUAUUUGAAAUGGUUUAAAUAAACAACUUGAUCAUCUUUCCCGUCUUUGCAAAAGGAAUCAAAGGCCGGUUGAGGCUCGGGCUAAUAAUUGCAGUUUUAUGGUCUUUAUUUAAUUUUAACAUUUAUACUUUAAUCUCGUUUAAAAAAAACAAAUAUUAUUCGAUGAGUUAAUAGAGUGGGAGGCGAAGAGAAAAUGUAUGAUGGCAGCUUUUUGGAUCCUGUUUACCAGAUAAUUAAUUGGUUUGUUUUAAGAGCCGUAUUUUUCAUUUUCUUACACCUUGUACGCACGUGUGGCAAACCAUGAACACUGUUGUUAACUUAAAUAAAAUCAUUUUCUACUAA